AUGAAGACAUACACAUCUCCGACUCAGGUCGACAUCCCUACGACCCUCUCCCUUACACAACUCCUCCACACAACAACCACACCGCCGCUACCACCCUCGCAUCUUGUAACCACAGACUCGCUCACCCACCGCUCGCUCACCCUGCACGAACUGCGUACGAAUGCUGGACGAAUCGCCAAUGGACUAUCGAAGACCUUCAAGCCGCGAGAUCAAGCACACUGGGCGGUAAUCCUACCCAAUUCCUGCGACUAUGUGGAGAUUGUACAUGCAGUACUCUGGACAGGCGGUGUAGUCUGCCCAAUCAACCACGCGAUCGUCGCUGCGGAGAUCGCGCACGGAUUGACGGUUACGAGGCCUGAUUUCGCGGUCGUGUACGGGCCCGUGGUGCCAAAAGUAGAGGAAGCUAUUGCGAUUGCAUCGAAAGACCUUCUAGAACAAGGUGUAGCCUGGAAAGCGCCGACGAUAAUUUCAAUCGUCGAGCGCGCAGCUUCGAGAUCCUACAAGCACAUCCCAGAUGACUUCGCCUCGUUUAGAGGGGCGCUGGAGAUCCCGCAAUUCGCAGAUACUCGACAGCGCCUUGCAACCAUCCACCUUUCCUCCGGCACGACCGGAAAACCUAAAGGCGUAGAACUCACACACCACAACUUCGUCUCCAACGUAAAGCAACUCGAAGCUCACGAUGCUCCGCAGUUCCACCGCGGCUCCCGCAUAGUCGCCUUCACACCUUUCGCACACAUCGGAAACACAACCUUCCCGCUUUUCUUCGGUCCCUACAUGGGCAUCCACCACCAUGCCAUGCCAGCCUUCUCCCUUGAACCCUUCGCACAGCUCGUCGACUCAGUUAAACCUACAAUCUUCCAGGGCGUGCCAAGCGUGGUGCUCAGUUUCGCAAACACCGACAUAACAGAGCGGUACGACUUUUCCAAAGCCGAGAAAAUCGACUGUGGCGGUCCGCCCUUCAAGAAAGACAUGUUCGACCGCCUCAUGUCCAAAGCGCCGUGGAGGAUAAACCAAGUUUACGGCAUGACCGAAGGCGCAGGCUACAUCGCCUACCAACGCAAGCACGAUGUCCAGCCCGACAACGUCGUGGGGCCGCUCCUCCCGAACAUCGAAAUCGCACUGCGAGUCAACGACGGACGGGACGACGCGCCCGAGGGCGGGCCAGGAGAGAUGUGGCUCAGAGGCCCAAACAUCACGCGCGGCUACGCGUUCAAUGCUGAGGCUAACCGCGAUGCGUUUCCCGUCGAGGGCUGGUAUAACACCGGUGACGUUUGUACUGUAUCCCCCUCGGGCGUCAUCGCGGUCGUGGGCCGCACGAAAGAACUCAUCAAAUACAAGGGCUUCCAAGUUAGUCCCGCGGAGCUUGAAAUGCACUUGAACUCGCACCGGCACGUCGCAGAGGGAGGUGUCGGGCCGGUGUUCGACGAAAGCCAGCUGACAGAAUUGCCGACGGCGUAUGUUGUGUUGAAAGCGUACCUGGUGGGCGAAAAGGAGCGGAAGACGGCGCUUGUGCAGAUCCAGACGGAGGUCGAUGAGAAGGUGAGCGGGUACAAAAAGUUGAGAGGGGGUGUUUGGGAGGUGGUGAGGUUGCCAAGGAAUCCGACGGGAAAGAUCGUAAGGAAAGAGUUGAAGGGGUUGAGGAGUGGAUUGACAUCGUUGGAGCGGGAGGACCGCAGGGUGAAAUUAUAG